AUGGGUUAUAAAAAAAAUCCUAUUAACGGCAGAAAGCAGACUUACAAAAAAACAAUGACCGUUAAAAAGAAUGGAAAGGAAACGAGAAAAAAACGUGAGAGAAGAAGAACGAGAGAACGAGAACGAGAGAACGAGACAGAAUGGAAAAGAGAGAACGAGAAAGAGAGAACGAGACAGAACGGAAAGAGAGAACGAGAGAGAGAGAGAGAGAGAGAGAGAGAGAGAGGAGAGAGAGAGAGAGAGAGAGAGAGAGAGAGAGAGAGAGAGAAAGAGAGAAGAAGAGAAAGAGAGAGAACGGAGAGAGAAACGAUAGAGAGAGAACGAGAGAGAGAGAGAGAGGGGGAGAGAGAGAGAGAGAGAGAGAGAGAGAGAGAGAGAGAGAGAGAGAGAUAUAGAGAUAGAGAGAGAGAUAGAGAGAGAUUUCAAAGAUUGGGAAUUAGGUUUCUCAGCACGAGCAAUAAAACUAGAAGGAACGCGUUCAGGCUAACAAAGAAAAGAUAA